AUGUCCUCUCCUUGCGGUUCUUUCAAGCCACUGAUUUCGAAAAGGGAGGAAUAUGUGCACUCUCUUGAAGCUAGGUUGGCUAGAGUUGAAAGCCAUCUGGGCAAACAGCCUGCACCAUCCACAUCCACGCCCACAUAUGCUCCGGCCUCAAAGCACGCACCAUCCCUCUCACCUGCUGGGUCAUCGGAUACAGGCGUGAAUGUAGCCCCAUCUCCAGUUGGCCGCUUGUACGAGGGGAGCUCAUCCUUCAUCAACCAAUUCGUGCAGGCCAGUGAGGAGAUUCAACGGUCAGCAGUUGCAGAAACCCCCGAGGCAGCACAAACUCUGAGCGAAUCGUUUAAUCAGUUGAACUCUAUACUGCAUGAGGAGGAGGAAAAGAAACCGCCUGUGGCUGCUCUUACUCGCUCUGUUCCGGAGAUCUCGCCUCUUCCGGCUGCAGUUGUUCUCGCUAUCAUACGGAGAAUCAAAGCCAAUCCCACUAGAUUCUUCCCAGGACAGGCUAUCACCGAUGUACGAUUAAUCGAACAUCUUUGUCAGAAGGUCUACUUCCCAACAGAACCAGUUACUCUAGGUCACAUUACAAGCGUAAAUGGCAUCAUGCGCUUACUACUCAGAGAGUUCAUGGUUACUGAAGACGCUAUUGGACAAGAGUAUGACCUAAAAGAGCUCAAAGCUCAAGCCGAACGGAACUUUCAUCUAGGCCUCGAAACUUUUGAGAUUCUAACGGUACCAAGUUUUGAAAAUGUGAUUGUCAUCACAACUGCAGUCCUCAAAGUCCAAAACGAGAGCAAACCCGUUCUCUCUCGCGCUCUAAUCAACGCUGGGCUCUGCCACUGCCAGAUGCUAGGCUACCACAGAGAAAUCACCUUACAGAAAGACAAAAGCGGUUUUGCCGAGAACAAGCGUCGACUCUUCUGGACACUCUACGUCUAUGACAAGACAAACUCUCUCCAUCUCGGUAAUGCCUCGAGAGUGCAAGACUUUGAAAUCGACGCGCAUUAUCCAACCCUUCCUGAAGAUCCGGCUGAGAAACCUUGGAUUGAACUGUUCAAUCUGGCUAUCAAGUUAGGCAGGAUUCAAGGUUUGAUCUUUGAUAAGCUGUACUCUGUGGCUGGGCUGAAGGCCCCAGCGAUGGAGCGUAGACAACAAAUCGAUGCUUUGAUUAUUGAUAUGCAUCAAUGGAGGGAUGGUUUGGAUCGAAUUGACGGAAGCGGAGUGUAUUUUACCAAGAUCUAUGAGCUGUCACUCACGCACUGGGACAUAAUGUACUACGCAACAUUAACCACCCUCCUACGAGCACCAGCAAUGCCCGGCGUUGGCACCGACAUGACUUCCCAGUGCUUCCAAGCCGCCAGACUCGCUUUACAAAGUCAUCUCCGCGCUUUCUCAGGUUACGGGGGUCAAAAGAUGUUUUCAAAAGCAGACUACAUCGACUGGGCCCUUCACAACGCAUCCUUCACACCCUUCGUAGUCAUAUUCCUGCACUCCAUCGCCGCAGCUAGUCUAGAGGACGUGCAUCUCCUCGAACAAAUCGUCAAUACCUUCCGCAGCGCGCGGGAGAUCCAUGGCGGCGCCGAGAAGCUGUACCAGAUCUGCGACACCUUUGCGCGGCUGGCGCGGCGGAUGGUGGAGUCGCGGAAUACCUCUGUGGGGAUGUAUGAUCAGAACACGGAUUCACUGCAGGUUGUUGGUGUUUCGGAGAAUCUGCCGCUUAGUUGGCAUGAGUCUGUUGCGCAGCCUGAGGGGAAUGCGGAGGGGGAUGGGUUCACUGGAUUUUUGAAUGAUGACAUGACGUCGAUUUUGGCGGAUUGGAUCAAUGGACAGCCUCCGUCGACGGAAAUGUUUGCAAUGGAUUUUGGAGAAUAG